UGCGCGCGCUUUAAAACGAAUAUCUAAGAAAUACAUAUAGAAACAAGCUUUAUAGUCUGAAUAAUAAAACAAAAAAAAAAAAAAGCAAGUGUGUUUAUUUCUCUAUAUAUGUGUAUCUUUCUUUUUCCUAAUGAUUUGUAAACCUCGCGAACAUAUAUGAUUACGGGAAAUUUUUACAGCCGCCACUGUUUGAGGAGUGCAUGAAUGUGUUAAAAGGAAAGGAAAAAAGAAAAAAAAUAAAAUCAAAAUAAAAAAAAAAAAAUUUUUAUAAAAAAAAAAAAAAAAAAAAAACAAACAAACAGUUAAAUGAAACGUGUUGGAUUUUUAAAGAUAUAUCACGUGAAUGUGUUAAUGUUUGCAUGUCUAUAUAAUCAUCUCUAUUAGCUGCAUAUAUAUAUAUAUAUAUAUAUAUAUGUAUAUAUAUAUAUAUGGAAUAUGUAUGAAGAAUUAAUUUAACGAGAAAAAGUUUUAAUUAAAAGCAAGAGUCCCGUUUAAGUACCCAUUACGUACGUAGAGCACAAUCACACUCCCCAUACUACGGAGCAACAACUUCAUUUGGUAAUCCAGCUAUAACUACUGUGCAGGAAAUUGCUAAAGAAAAGUUAAUAUCAUAUUUUGCAUGAUUUUCUUUAUAGUCUGCAUGUGCGGUUGUGCUCCUUGUGAAUAACUAGCAGUGUAUACGUGAAAUUUCACAAGAAUAAAUCUACUUCCCUUUAGACCGCAAUAAUUAGGAGUUGUUUUGUUGUGAUACCAGAAAUUACAAUAAAUAAUUUUAAAAUUUUAUAAUUAUAAUUGAAUGAUUUAAUAAUUUCGGUAGUAAGAUGUGUGCGUUUGUUAAUAAUUCGCCUGGCAUUCGAAGUUGUUUUAAUCAUAUCCACCCGCCUAUCCUUGCAAAGGAACUUUUAGAUCAAAUGGGUGAAAAUGGAUGCACAACGGGCACAAUCACUGCUUUUAAUCGUCAUCAUUGAAAAUCGUUUAACGGUUAAUCAACGUCUGUAAGCGAGAGGCGGCACGCAACACACCCACUGGCUAUAAAUUUGAUUGACACAACUGUUUAAAGUGACGAAAACAGACAACUUUAUUCAUCACUGAUUGACAUAGUUAACCCUUCACGGUUCUUGUGCACAUUACUUCAUUACGAGCACUUCGUUAAACAUUCAUUCACUUAUCUAAAGUGUAAAGUUUUGCAAAAGUUUUUUCAAAGCGUAUACAUUUUCAAGGCAGCCGCGGCUAAAACCAAAAAAUGCAGUGCGGUCUAGAACAAAUGAAUGAUUGUGAACGUUCACCGAAUCGAACAAAUUUACGCGUCAAUUUUAAUGAAAAGGGCUCCGAAGUUAAAGAGCGUCGCGAAAAGUUCCUCACAGCAAAAUAUGGUUCACAUCAGAUGAGUUUAAUCAGAAAACGCUUAGCCGUCGAAAUGUGGCUGUAUGAUGAAUUGCAAAAACUCUUUGAUCCGCCGAAUGAAGCCAUUGAUGUUGAUAUCGAUGAAAUUCUAGAUAUGGACACAGAUGACAUACGAAGAUCUCAUUUAAUUAGAUUAUUAUCCGUUUGUAAGCGCCCGCAAUCUGACAUAUCGAAAUUCAUCAGUGAUCUUUUAGAUCGUGCUAAAACACUGUAA